ACAAAAUAAUGAGGAUUUUAUGGAAUGUAAUGACAAUGAACAUAAUUGUACUAAAGCAGUGUUCUUGAGAAAAAAUACGGGCCGGCUAGGAUAUAAGAGGGCUUCGUACUCGAAAGUGUGGAGCCCGUAUCGAUAUUAGACGAAUUCUUCACAACCCGUCAACCCUAGUUAAAUAAUCAAGCACUGCAGCUUUGACAUACUUCCUCAGAGCCAUAAUCACAGCAGCUGAAGAGUGGGGAUCACAAGUUGGCGGUAACCAAACCUUUCUCUCUCUCUCUCUCUCUCUCUCUGCAUUCUCUAUGUCUCGCCGUAGUUGGAUCUUCUACUGACUAGGGUUUUGAAAUUGUUCGGAAUUCUUCUUUUGAUCAGUGUAUUAGCUAGUUGGGGUUUCUUAUUUUGUUAAAAAAAUGGCAUUGGAAGAAAGUCUGGCCAAAUUCAAGAAGCAACAGGAGAAAUGUCAAUCAACCCUAGCCAGUAUCAACAACGCGCGAGCAGGAUCAUUCAGAGCUGCCGCAUCACCUCAUGAUAAAUCUGUUCCUAUUGCAACUUCAGCUUCAAUUGCUGUCAAGGCUCCUGCAAUCAAAUUUUCAUAUGAUACACAGAGGCUUCAAUAUAUCAAUAGCGUCCAGAAAUCCACAAUUGGGGCUCAAUUGAAACGUGUAGUAGAUCUUCUACGCGAGGGAUGGCAGAUUGAAUGUACGUACGUUUUGCUUACGACUGCUGAUUGGGGAAGACUGAAUUUAUAUGCAUGUUACGUCGAUGCAACUAACAACAAGAUGGUCUUCGAUAGUUUGACAAGUAAUGAUAAAGUGUACUAUGAUGGGAAGCGCUUCUCUUACAAGCCCAAGUAUGGCGUUAAAAACAAAGAAGAACUGUGCCAGUUCAUCCUUAAGUAUCCAGAAGGCAUUCGAAUUGGAGACUUAAGUGAUGCAUACCCUAAGGUCAUGGAAGACUUGCAGGCUCUGAAGGCUUCUGGUGCUGUUUGGUUGCUAUCAAAUUCUGAUUCUCGAGAAGAUGUUGCAUACCCGAAUGAUCCCAAGAUAGACAUCAAAGUGGACUAUGACUUAAAAUCACUAUUUAUAGAGAUUGAUCUUCCACAUGACAUGAUUGAUAUUGAGAGAUAUCUUCAGAAAAACAAGAUGAAGCCUGCAACCAACACUGCAAGGAGGAGGGCGAUGGCUCAGGUUCAAAGUAGUAACCCCAAGCCAAAGGCCAAGAAGAAAACACGCGAUAUUAGCAAGAGAACCAAGCUUACAAAUGCCCAUCUUCCAGAGCUUUUCCAGAAUUUUAAUGUUCCCUAAUCAUUUAAUGCGCGUAAAUCUUCACUGAAGUCUAACAUAGUUUGAGAAUUGUGGUUUGAGUUUUGGUUUACUAGGCGCAUAAUCAUGUGCUGUGAACUGUUUUAUAUAUCUGGGAUUGCCAUAAAAAAAGAGAGAAGUAGAAUGCCGUCCUUUUGUAGCUGGGAUUUUAAUUAGGCGAUCAAUAUUGAAUUGUACCGGUACAAGCAGAUAAUAGAUGGCAGGUAGUAUCAGCUUCACAUUCAUAUUAGGGGAAUAGCAAAUUCAAUGGCAUCCACUCUUAUUACA